CUAUCCUCUUCGAUGGCGAGCGCAAAAGCAAGCGCUUCUUCUUCGUCUUCCACUGGAGCUCAGCCGAUGAGGAGGCCGGGUUAUGGCCAACAGGGAACGCCUGUCCGCCUCACCUGUAACCAUUUUGCCGUGACGCUCUCUCGAGGAAUGGAUGUAGCGCAAUACAACGUGAAGAUAUCAUAUGCUGAUGAUCCUAACGACAAGGUUCUCGUCGAGAAAGGGGCGAACCGCCGAGUAAUGGACAAGGUCCGGGCCGAGCUUGAAAAAAAACUCAUUUUUGACGGAGAGAAUACGGCGUACGUGCUCGGCGAUCUCUCUUUCGGCGACAAGGAAAUGGAAGUCACGCUCGACAAGGCAAUGGGAGCAUCUUCCUCGUCUGGGGGCCCCGCGAAAAAGAGAAGAGCGGAUGCCAGCUCUUACAAGGUGAGGAUCAAGUUCUCAACCAAAGUGGACUUGGGCAUCCUUAUGAGGAAGGAAGAUCUUCAUUUGUCUCGGGCGCAAGAUGCAUUGAGGGUCCUUGACGUUCUUGUUCGCGAACAAGCCGCCAGAAGGGAGUACGUGUUACUGCGUGAGAGCUACUUUCAUCAGUCCCUUGGUCCAGUAAAAGAUGUUGGAGAAGGGGUGGAAAGCUGGAGUGGCUACCACGCUAGCUUCCGACCUUGUUCUCUGGGAUUAUCACUGAACUUGGAUCCGUCGACAACAAUCGUCAUCAAGCCCCAGUUGGUGCACGAAUUUCUUGCGGAGUAUUUCGAUACAUCUCCAGGAAGCAUUCGUGCCGAUCACUUGACCCGGGCGAAGAGAGUGCUAAAGGGAAUCGUGGUGCAAGUUUACACUAAGACGAGGCACAAAAUAUUCGGUUUUAGCGAUGAACCAGCAUCCUCUCAAAGAUUUGAAUUGAAAGAGAAAGGAGCCGAUGGCACGUUUAGACUGAAUUCAACGACAGUUCUUCAGUACUAUCAAGCUAGAUACAACGAAACCUUGCAAUUCCCCAACUUGCACUGUGUCAACGUAGGGAAAGCCACGCGAGCAGUUUAUGUACCGAUGGAGUUCUGUUCGAUUCUGCCUGGACAACGAUAUAAAAGAAAGCUGAGCGGGAAUCAGAUUCGCAGGCACCUUGACCAAGCACGACUGCUGCCGAGUGAUCGUGCUAAUGUGAUCAACUCGGGCAUUACGCAACUACUGUCAAAUUCAAGCGUGGAAUUGCAGUCCCUCAACGUCAAGGUUGACAGCAAAAUGAUGUCAGUUCAAGGACGUGUUCUUCCGGCGCCACUGGUUACGACUUGUUUCGCGAUGUCAUCGUUCUCAUGUAUGCUUCUGCAGCUCAAGUUUGGACACCGGGACGUACCAGUCCAGGGUGGGAGGUGGAACUACAACCGCGAUACCGUCGCCCGAGCUGCCCUUCCUGUCAAGGAGUGGAUUGUUGUUUGCUUUAACCGCAAAAAGAAUCCUUUCAGCCAUCAAGACGUUUCUCGGAUUGCUAACCAGUUGAAGGAAUGUUGCGUGCAGAAGGGCAUGGCUGUUGAGAAUCCCGGUCUAGUGUUGGUAGAAGAUCCAAGCUUUUCUGAGCAUCCAGGUUGGGAAAGGGUGGAUAUGAUGGUUGCCAAGAUGCGGAAGAAUAAUCCUAAUCCCGGUCGUCGUCCGGGGUUCGUUCUCUGUCUUCUUCCGAGCAAGGAAUCGGAUGCCUACGCGCCAUUCAAACGACUCUUUUUGACGAAAGAAGGAAUUCCGAACCAGUGCAUAGCACCCCAGAGGAAUCCAAACAAUCAAUACCUGACGAACGUCGUUUUGAAGAUGAAUGCAAAGUUAGGGGGCUACAACACGGUUUUAACUAGUGAAUUUAAGAAAGAAUUGCCAAAGCUUUCAUAUGCACAAACCAUGAUCUUGGGAAUGGACGUGUCGCAUGGAUCUCCAUUUUCCCACACCCCGUCGGUCGCGGCUAUGGUUGGCUCUUUUGACUGGCCAAGGAUUACGAGGUACUCCGCUCGCGUGAUGGCGCAAUCGGCAAAACAGGAAGCGUUCGCCAACAUUCCAUCGAUGCUGGAGAGCCUCUUGAAGAACUUUAAGAACUUUCAGGGCGAGAAGGGUUGCUACCCUCAGCAAUUGAUUGUGUUCAGAGAUGGAGUGAGUGAAUCCCAGUUUGAGAGCGUCCUCACCGGGGAACUGCAAGACAUCAUCAAGACUUGCGAAGGUCUCGGCAUCAGGCCGAAGAUAACUCUGGUCGUAGCACAGAAAAGGCACCAUACCCGUUUCUUGCCGGUGGGGCAGCAGAAAAAGAAUGUCGAACCUGGGACCGUUGUGGACCGCGACGUCGCACAUCCUACGAAUUUCGACUUCUUCCUGUGCAGUCACUUCGGCAUGCUCGGAACAAGCAGGCCGACGCACUACAUCGUGCUCUACGACGAGAUUGGUUUCAGGCCGGACGAGAUCCAAAUGACCAUCAACAAUCUGUGCUACACCUACGUCAAGAGCACGACAGCAGUAUCAGUGGUUGCGCCGAUCAACUACGCGCAUCUGGCCGCGAAGAAAAUGAAGAACUUUAUGUCGCUGGACGGCUCCGAAACGGGGUCACUUUCAUCCGCCGCUACCAGAGAGUCAGCACCGCCGGUCCCGGUUUUGCCAGAGCUCCAGGGCAACGUCGCCAACACUAUGUUCUUCGUCUAGGAGAGAGGAAUCGAAGAGCUCGCGCGCUGCGGUAGAGUUUCUCGUUUUUUUUACUAAAGCAUUCCACUGCGAGAGAUUAUAGCAGGCAAAGCUUGGAAUUUUUCAUUCCAAGAGAUUUUUUGCGUGGAGAAGUCCACAGCAACAUCGGGUUUUACAUAUUUAUAUAGAAGGGAAGGUGCGAUGAAAAGAAUGGCGGCUUUUCUUUACAUGCUUUCGAGAA